GCCGACAUGCGAUAUCUGCAUGAGCUAAAUGUGCAAAUAUCGCAGAAGCGUCGAUCGGUCAGCGUGUCGAAGCAAAUGGACCGUGACCUUUGCAAUCAACACUUCGACACAUUCCAAACCUUUUGGGGACGGCCUGGGCAUGGCGCGCCGGCUGGUGAUAAGAUCAAUAAGCUAAAGUUGGAUGAUUUGCUCUAUGGCAGUCCAGAGACAUCCUAAGAUAUCAUUCAGAUAUUCGACUUAACUAUGUUCGCUGUGUUGAAGUGAAUUUUGCCAACUUGCCAUGUUAGUAAGUUGUACAAAGUUUUAUAUUCACCAGUUUGUUUUAAU